AUGGAAAAGAAACCUCGUUUACGUGCUCCAAAUUUCACUCAAAGUGAUAAUUUACUUUUGUGUGACAUAGUCAGGAAGUACAUACAUAUAAUUGAAAAUAAAAAAACGGACGGAGCGAACCUCCUGCAAAAACAGAAGGCUUGGCUUGAGGUGGCGGAGGAAUACAAUUCAUCCACCACAGGUUACUCUCGUACUGCAGAAAGCUUGCAGCAAACAUACAAAAAUCUAAAGAAAAGAGCCAAAAAGAAUGCGUCUGAUGACAAGAUGGAUAUUCCAGUGGAUCCUAGUUUGGUGCUCAACAUAGAAAAGUGUGGCACAUCUUCCCAGAACUGUGACUGGGGAGAAGAUGCUAUAAAUACGGGUGCAUUAGAGGAAACAUGCAAAGAAAUGUUUGCAGCGUUAAAUAAGGAAGCAGACACAAGCAACACGAUUUUGAAAACAACUAUUAUGGAUACAGGAGGAGUGACACCGCCUAACGUUGACAAAGAUCCAGUAUUGGAGAAAGUAAAAGCUCUUACUGGACCCGUUAUGAAUGGUGUUCACACAAUAUAUGAUGGAGAUAGCAGUCUCAUUGCAUCCCAAAAUAUACCACCAUUAGAACUUCGUAAUCAUAAUAUCGGAUCAGCACAGUGA